AUGGGAGACGUCAAAGUCAGGCUUCUGCAGAACCCAACCGAUCAAGAGUUUGAGAGAAUCCUCGAUGUCUAUCAGGAAGGCUUCGUACACGACCAGAUCCUUAACAUGCUCGGCUCCAAUACGCGAGAAUUCUUCAGAUCCCGUGUACAGGCCACUCUGGUCGACCUGCAGCUCUGGGUAGUCGAGCUUGACGGUGAAAUUGGGUGUGUAGGGAUAGUCAGUCCGCCAGGAAAAGAUCUUUGGGAUACCGAGGAGAAGAAAAAAAUCCGAGAAACCGUAUCCCCAAAGAUAUCCCCCGCCAUCAAGCAAUGGCUAGACACCGAGCUCGAACCGCUGCAUGAAAACCGGUCUCUCAUCCCUGGCGGCGGCCCCGCGGCUGUAUACUACCUCCACCUCGUCUCUACACAUCCUUCCUUCCAAAAGAAAGGUCUAGGGUCGGCGCUCUUGGGGAAACUUGAGGAGCUUGCCCGGAGAGAUGGAUCGAGAGUCGCGUUGGAGACGCAUACAGAUAGCGCGGCCUCGGUGUACCGCAAGAACGGAUUCAGGACGCUCUUCAAAGGUGUGCUCGACUUCAAAAGCGAGCUGGACACGGGACCGUACUAUGUCAUGGUCAACGACUGUGGACUGUCGCCCUACUUAUGUCAUGUAGAUCUUACCGGAUGA